CUGCACAACAGCCCACAAUGGUGAGGUCCCUGGCCUUCCAUCUGCUCCACCUGACUGUCUGCCUCCCCUUGGUCCAGCUGCUCACACCCUGCUCAGCUCAGGUUGCUGUGAUUGGACCCCCUGAGCCCAUCCUGGCCAUGGUGGGUGAAGAUGCUGAGCUGCUCUGUUAUUUGUCCCCGAAGAUGAGCGCUGAGACCAUGGAGCUGAUGUGGCGGCGAUCUGGCCUCAAGCAGGUGGUGCGUGCAUAUGCACAUGGCAUGGAAGAAACAGAGAUAGCAGAGUAUCGAGGGAGAACGUCGAUUUUAAGAGGGGACAUUGCUGAGGGGAAGGCUGUCCUGCGGAUUCACAAGGUCAGAGCCUCUGACAGUGGAACCUACCAGUGUUAUUUCCAAGAUGAUGAUUUCCUUGCAAAAGCCCAGGUGGAGCUGAAGGUUGCAGCCCUGGGCUCUGAUCUUCACGUUGAAAUGAAGGGCUAUGAGGAUGGAGGGAUCCGUGUGGAGUGCACAUCUGCAGGCUGGUAUCCACAGCCCCACGUAGAGUGGAGAGGUGAAGGCGGAGAGAGCUUGCCCGCCAUGGCAGCACCUGGGGCUGCAGAUGGAGAGGGUCUGUACGCAGUCACGUCGUCUGUGAUCCUGAAAGGCGGCUCUGGGAAGGGGGUCUCCUGUGUCGUCAGAAACCCCCUGCUCAGCCAGGAGAAGACAGCCAUGGUCUCCAUUGCAGGCCCCUUCUUCUCCAGCACGAAGCCCUGGCAGGCGGCCUUUGGGGUGAUCCUUGUGGCUCUGCUGGGGCUUCUGGCUGGGUUGGUGAUGUCAUGGCGGCAACAGCAGAAGAGAAUCAGGGCCUUGAGCCAGGAGAAGGAGAGGGAGCGAGCUGAGAAAGAAGCAGCGCUGGUGGCGAAGGAGCAUGAGCGAGCUGAGAAAGAAAAGCUGCAGGAGGAGCUCAGGUGGAGGAAGCAGCAGUACCUGGAGCGGGGUGACAGGUCUCAGGCCUAUGCUGAGUGGAAGAUGGCCCUUUACCAGCCUGCGGACGUGAUUCUGGAUCCGGACACCACGCACCCCAACCUGUUUAUUUCUGAGGACCAGAGGAGCCUGAACUGUACACUAGAAAGGCAGCGCCUGCCAGACAACCCCAAGAGAUUUCAAGAUCGUUACUGUGUGCUGGGCUGUGAGAGCUUCACAUCAGGCAGACACUUCUGGGAGGUGGAGGUGGGGGACAGGAAAGAGUGGCAUUUAGGGGUGUGUAGGGAGAUCGUGGAGAGAAAAUAUUAUGCUACAAUAACACCGGAGAAUGGAUUCUGGACAAUAGUACUGUUGGGUGGGCAUGAAUUCCAGGCUCGAACGGAUCCCCGGAGCAAACUCACAGUUGUCAACCGUCUUAAAAGAGUGGGAGUUUUCCUGGACUAUGAGAGAGGAGAGGUCUCGUUCUAUGAUGCCAUCAAUGGAUCACACAUCUUCACCUUCCCACAAGCUUCGUUCUCUGGGCCUCUGCGGCCUUUUUUCAGGAUUUGGUCACAUGAGCCCACUGCCUUGACCAUUUGCCCAGCACUAAGAGGAGUGGGGAGUUCCCUUCUGCCUGACCCACUGCCUGACCCUUCCCUGGAAACCCCAGUGGCCUCAGGCUCAGCUGAUGGAAAUGCGGACUCUCAGGAGGAAGUAAUGUCUUUGCUUCUCUCUGCCCAGCCCUGAGCUGAGGGCCUGCUUAACAGCAAAACCUCGCAUCAGGAACAUACUUACUAAAAACUCACGGAGUAAAGCACUUUACUAGUUAUCUUUCAACUUUUCCACAUGACAGAUGAGGAGACCAGGGUGUAGGAAGUUAAUUAACUUUCCAAAGCUCCCUUUCUGCAGCCAUACAUAUCUCACAUUCACUGGUAACUUAGAAUGUGGUAGGUGCUGGGCUAAAUGC